AUGGUGCUUCUAUUUCUUAAACUCAAUAUCUUAUUUAUAGAAUUGUUGCUGGGGACUCUCCGUACACACCAAAAGGCAGCAUGUGACGAAGAAAUGGUUACUCUCAUUUGUCCUCGAGGAACAACAAUUAGUAUACAAGUAGCCCAGUAUGGAGCAUCGACUUCACAGAGCUCUUGUUCAUCAGAAUUAGCUGAAUACCAACCUGUAGCUGUUGAAGUGGUGGGAGACACUUCGUGCACGUGGCCUAGUGCAUUGCAGUAUUCGUUGUUGCAGACCGUCGUUGAAGCUUGUCAAAAGAAGCGACAGUGUAAAUUUCAUACGAGCCCCAAGGCCUUCGGUGUUGACCCCUGUCCAGGUUCAAGAAGAUUCGUGGAGGUAGCCUACAAAUGCCGACCAUAUGAAUUCAGAAGUAAAGUGGGCUGUGAGAACGACGUGCUUCAUUUGAGCUGUAACCCACACUCAAGGGUUGCGAUAUAUUCGGCGCAGUAUGGGCGGACGGAGUACGACUCAAUACAAUGCCCACAGCCGCGGGGAAUGAAAGAGGAAACAUGCUUAGAGCCAUAUGCUACUGAAACAUCAAUGAGGGAGUGCCAUGGCAAACGUCGAUGUGUUCUUUCAGCAGACAAUAAGAUGUUUGGAAGGCCAUGUCGAACAGGCAGCAGAACAUACCUGAAAGUUGUUUACACUUGUGUGCCCCGGACCGUUUUAAAAGAGAGGUACGAAAGUGCUCCUGAAGAGGAUGAAGUCGCCCACGAUGUUUCAGAUCUGGAACACGACGAUGUUGAUGAGUCUAGUGAUCGCUGGUGGGGAGAAUCUGUGCCUCCAGCACCAGCAGUAGCGGCUGUGCCACCUCACCGUCCUACAUUGCUUACUAAUAUCAGCAGAGACGGAACACCAACAACUCCACCAAAACAGCAUACAUCAAAUGAUGAACAAUUCGAUAUGAUGUACGUCUACGUCAUUGCUGCUGCCACGGGAAUAUGUCUUCUGUGUCUUAUAAUCGGAGUAAUACGAUGUGUGAAGCUUAGGAACAACACAGAUCAAGCUAAAGGACCGGAUGUCUCCGCCUCUACUGACAUCCCUAACGGCUUUAAUGACAGUAUAUCGGAGGUCGAUAAUGACAUAAACAUCACAAGCCUCUCGGGCCCAGUGGACACUGUAGACUCUAGUCUGAAGCAAGACAUGCAAAUUACGAACAUGGCCAACAUGAGUCCAAAAAUCAAUCGAUACGUUGGCAGGCCAGUGCCUAAUACAUAUCCCCACGUGAGUACUAAUAUGUACGGACAGGUUGCGGAGUAUCCCGUUGAAAUGCCUCUUCGAACAAUGCCUCAUGGAACUUUAGGACGUGGUAUGGCGGUAAAAACUUUACCUAGAAUUCAAUUGCAAACAGAAACAGACCCUAAUACUAGGAGUUUAUAUCGUUAUUCAAAUGCGCAAUACUAUUUCGGGUGA